AUGACAACCUCUUCUCCCUCAUUCGGAGACUCAAAGGUGGAGUUUCACCCCGCUAUCAUUGCUUCAAACAUCAAGAACCAUAAUAAUAUUGUUCUUGAGAUGGAAAAAGAUCAAUAUGGAAAACAACCCGAGCUCUUACGAACCCAUGCCCACUCUCAUUGUGUUCUACAUCAUAUUGUUCCAUCUACGGACAAGAAACCACCUAUAGAUUCCUCUACUGACGAGUAUGAACAAUGGGCUACCUUUGACUCUACCGUUCUUCAAUGGAUAUAUUCCACAAUUUUCAUUGACCUGCUGACCACCUUACUGGAACCAUACUUCACUGCUAUGGAAGCCUGGAAUCGUUUGGCUGACAUUUUUCAGGACAAUCAGAAUGCUCGCGUUAUCACUCUCGAGCAAGAGUUCUCUAACACUCACAUGGAGAAUUUUUCCAAUGUGUCUACUUAUUAUCAACAUCCUAAGAUGCUCUCUAACCAGUUGAGAAAUGUUGACUCUCCUGUCAACCAUCAUUGUCUGGUUGUUCAACUAAUAUAUGGUCUUCUAAAAGCUUACCAUAAUGUUAGUACAUUGAUUCUCCAGAGUAAUCCUCUUCCUGCCUUCUAUCAAGCCCGCUCCAUGCUCACUUUGGAAGAAACUGGAAUGGUUAAAAUGACUAGCACUGGUUCUCAUUCUUCCAUGCAUACCACUCAACAACGACCUUCUGAAGACACCUCUCAGCAUGCCAAUUGUCGCCCAAGAAACUGUGCUUGUUCUCGUGGCAGCCAAGGCCGAGGACGGGGACAUGGUAAGCGUCAUGGUCAUCAAUCUAAAGUUCCCAAUGCCCCUCCAUCAUGGUCCUAUCCUCUUUGA